AUGGUGCUGGUCCCCUCCUCAUUCCAUGUUGAGACUCCCGAGAAAAGCUGUCUCCUUCUGAGAUGCCUGAAUGAGACAGUGACUGUAAGUGCUUCCUUGGAGUCUACCAAGGGGAAAAGGAGCCUCUUCAAUGACCUCAUAGCUGACAAGGACUUAUUCCACUGUGUCUCCUUCACUCUCCCAAGAUCCUCUUCUUCUGAGGAUGAAGUAUUCCUCUCUGUCCAGAUAAAAGGACCAACGCAUGAAUUCAGGAAAAGGACUACAGUGCUGGUGAAGAAGACAGAAAGUCUUGUCUUUAUUCAGACAGACAAAAAAAUCUACACACCAGGACAGUCAGUUAAGUUUCGAAUUGUCUCUGUGGAUAAAACUUUUCACCCACUGAAUGAGUUGUUUCCACUGGUUCACAUUGAGGACCCUGGAAUGAAUCGAAUUAUGCAAUGGCAGAAUAUCACGUUAAAGAAUGGUCUUAAACAAUUGUCCUUCAGCCUGUCAUCAGAGCCCAUUAAGGGCUCCUACAAGAUAGUAAUACUAAAACAAUCAGGAGGAAAGACAGAGCACUCCUUCACCGUGGAGGAAUUUGUGCUUCCCAAAUUUGAAGUGCAAGUAAAGGUUCCAAAGGUAAUCACUGUACUGGAUGAAGAAGUGAAUGUGUCAGUAUGUGGAAUAUAUACCUAUGGGAAGCCUGUCCCAGGACACGUAACCAUGAGCAUAUGCCGAAAAUAUCGUCACUCCUUUUAUCACUUUGGCAGAAAUUUAGAGGUUGCCUGUGAGGAAGUCAAAAAGAAGCUAGACAGCCAUGGCUGCAUGAUGCAACAAGUAAACACCAGUGUGUUCCAACUAAAGGAGAAGGGGUUUCAAACUAUGAAUCUUCAAGUGAACGCCAAGAUUAUAGAAGAAGGCACAGAGCUGGAAUUAACUGGAACUGGGACAAUUGAAGUCACAAGAACUCUAACAAAACUCACAUUUGUGAAAGUGGAUUCACGCUUUAGACGAGGGAUUCCAUUCUUCGGGCAGGUACGUCUGGUGGAUGGGAAAGGAGUCCCUAUCCCAAAUGAACUCAUCUCCAUCCAAGCAAAUGAAGCUAACUAUUCCUCCAACAGUACCACCGAUGAGCAUGGAGAGGUGCAUUUCUCCAUCGACACUACUAAUGUUACGGAUUCCUCCCUCACUGUCAUAGUUUACCACAAGGAACAGAGUCCCUGUUUUAGCUACUAUUAUUGCAUGACAGAAAAACAUAAACAGGCAUAUCACACUGCUAACCACGUUUUCUCCUUAAGCAAGAGCUAUGUCUACCUUGAGCCUGUGGUUGGUAUCUUGCCCUGUGGCCAAAUUCAGACAAUUCAGGCACAUUAUAUUCUGAAUGGGCAGGUCUUGGGGGAGCUGAAGGAGCUCGUCUUCUAUUACCUGAUCAUGGCCAAAGGAAGCAUUAUCCGAACUGGAACCCAUAUUCUCCCCAUGGAGCCAGGAAAAAUGAAAGGCCAUUUUUCUGUGUCAGUCCCUGUGGAGUCAGACAUCGCUCCCGUCGCUCAAUUGCUCAUCUAUGCCAUUCUACCUGAUGGGGAAGUGUUUGGGGACUCUGCAAAAUAUGAAGUUGAAAAUUGUCUACCCAACAAGGUGGAUUUGAGCUUCAGCCCAACACAAACUCUCCCGGCCUCACACGCCCACCUGCGAGUCACAGCAUCUCCUCAGUCUCUCUGCGCCCUCCGCGCCGUGGACCGAAGUGUACUGCUCGUGAGUCCUGAGGCUGAGCUCUCCCCGGUCUCGGUAUAUAAUCUGCUGCCUGUGAAAGACUAUGCUGACUUCAUUCAUAGUUCAAAUCAGCAGAAAGAAGACCAAAAAGACUGUAUCAAACAUGAUAAUGUCUCUAUUGAUGGACUCAUGUACUCUCCAGUGUCACACAGCAAAGAAGAGGAUGUUUACAGCUUCAUGAGGAACAUGGACUUAAAUGUAUUCACCAACUUGAAGAUCAAACAUCCCAAAUUUUGUCCUGAUGAUAUAAGUUCCCACCCUCCAGUGGCACUUCCUUAUGUGGAAUAUAAUGAGGUGAUUGAAAAUUUCCGUGGAGAGCCAUUCGCUGAGACUGUACGAAACUAUUUCCCUGAAACCUGGGUCUGGGACUUGGUAGUGGUAAACUCAUCAGGUGUGGCUGAAGUAGGAGCAACAGUCCCUGACACCAUCACUGAGUGGAAGGCAGGGGCCCUCUGCCUGUCCAGUGACACUGGACUUGGUCUCUCCCCAAUUGCAUCUCUCCAAGCCUUUCAGCCCUUCUUCCUGGAACUCACAAUGCCCUACUCUGUGAUCCGUGGAGAAGCCUUCACACUUAAGGCCACUGUGUUAAACUACCUUCCCAAAUGCAUCCGGGUAAGUGUGCAGCUAGAAGCCUCUCCUGACUUCACAGCUAUCCUGGAGGAGAAAGACCGAGAUUCUUACUGCCUCUGUGCAAAUGGGAGACAAACUGUGUCCUGGCUGGUAACUCCCAAAUCACUAGGGAACGUGAAUUUCUCUGUGAGUGCAGAAACACUACAGUCCUCAGAGCUCUGUGGUACUGAGGUGGCUUCGGUUCCUGAAAUUGGGAGGAAAGAUACAGUGGUCAAACUUCUAUUAGUUGAGCCUGAAGGAAUCAAGAAGGAAUAUACCUUCAACUCCUUACUCUGUGCUUCAGAUGUUGGGGUAUCUGAAAAAUUGUCCCUGAAACUCCCACCAAAAGUAGUGAAAGAAUCAGCCAGAGCCUCUUUCUCUGUUUUGGGUGACAUACUAGGUUCUGCCAUAAAAAACACUCAAAAUCUUCUCCAGAUGCCCUAUGGCUGUGGAGAACAGAACAUGGUCCUGUUUGCUCCUAAUAUCUAUGUACUCAAAUAUCUGAAUGAAACCCAUCAGCUGACCCAGGAGAUCAAGUCCAAGGCCAUCGGUUAUCUCAAUGCUGGUUAUCAGAGGCAGCUGAACUACAAACACAGAGAUGGUUCCUAUAGUGCCUUUGGGGACCAACAUGGCAAGAAGAAAGGCAACACAUGGCUCACAGCCUUUGUGCUCAAGUCCCUUGCCCAGGCUCGAGAUUUCAUCUUCAUCGAUGAAACACACAUCACCCAAGCCCUUACCUGGCUCUCCAAGCAGCAGAAGGACAAUGGCUGUUUCAGGAGUUCUGGGUCACUGCUCAACAAUGCCAUCAAGGGUGGAGUAGAAGACGAAGUGACCCUCUCUGCCUAUGUCACCAUUGCCCUUCUGGAGAUUCCUCUCCCACUCACCCACCCUGUUGUCCGCAAUGCCCUGUUGUGCCUGGAGUCAGCCUGGAAAGCAACACAGAAAGAGGCUCAUGGCAGCCCUGUCUACACCAAGGCACUGUUGGCCUAUGCUUUUGCCCUGGCAGGUAACCAGGACAGAAGGAAAGAGAUACUAAAAUCACUUGAUGAGGAAGCUAUAAAAGAAGACAAUGCAACACAUUGGGAACGACCUCAGAAACCCAAGGCACCAGAGGAGCAUCUUUACCAGCCCCAAGCUCCCUCUGCUGAGGUGGAGAUGACGUCCUACGUGCUCCUCACUUACCUCACAGCCCAGCCUGCCCCAACCUCAGAGGACCUGACUUUUGCAACGCACAUUGUGAUGUGGAUCACAAAGCAACAGAAUUCCCAUGGGGGCUUCUCCUCCACCCAGGACACAGUGGUGGCUCUUCAUGCUUUGUCCAGAUAUGGAGCAGCCACUUUCACCAGAACUGAGAAAGCCGCUUUGGUGACCAUCUUGUCUUCAGGGACAUUUUCCACAAAAUUCCAAGUGCAGAACACCAACCGCCUGUUACUACAGCAGAUCUGGCUACCAGACGUUCCUGGGGAGUACAGCAUAAAAGUAUCAGGGGAAGGAUGUGUGUAUAUUCAGACAGCUCUGAAAUACAAUGUUUUCUUGGAGAAGAAGGAAUCUGCAUUCACUCUACAAGUGGAGCCAAUACCCCAAACUUGUGAUGAAUUCAAAGCCCACACAAGCUUCCAAAUCUCACUAGAAGUCAGCUACACAGGCAACCGUCCAGUCUCCAACAUGGUGAUUGCUGAUGUAAAGAUGAUAUCUGGUUUCAUUCCCCUAAAACCAACAGUGAAAAUGCUUGAACUAUCUAGACACGUGAGCAGGACAGAAGUGAGCAACAACAAUGUCUUGAUUUAUGUGGAGCAGAUUACGAAUCAGACGCUGAGCUUUUCCUUCACUGUUGUACAAGACAUCCCUGUCAGAGACCUGAAACCUGCUGUUGUGAAAGUCUACGAUUACUAUGAGACAGAUGAAGCAGCUUUUGCUGAAUACAGUGCCCCCUGCCACACAGACCAGCAGUAGCGAAGUGAGACAGCCCUCCAGCCUCAGGAGAGGCUUAAAAGUUGAAGCUUCCUUGAUGAGGAAGAAAGUCCACCCGUGGACGGCAGCUUCGGCCCCUGCUGGAGGGUUCUAGUCUGCCCUUCCUGACAGCCUGCCCUCUGGACUUUGGACUUGCCUAGACAGCUCCACAACUGCAUAAGCCAAUUCCUUACAAUAAAUUUCUUAAUAUAUAUCUCCUCCUGGUUGUGCUUCUCUUGUUGAACCUGACAGAGAUGAUAUAAUACCCAGAUACUAGUUCUCUCUCAUGGAACACUUCUGUGGGUUUUAGGAGAUCCCACACACCAAUAGAUGUACCCCUGAGGAAUUUCUGCACUGCAUCAUUUCCUGAUACAGAUGAUAUACCCUCUGGAAGGCCUCUUAACUUU